CUACCCCGCAUGCGUGGGACUUGGACCUCGAAACGCCUCGAAACCAUCACUCAUCGUUGUUUCCUCUUUCGAGGGAGUGGGGAGUGGCAACACACAACGAAUGCACUACUCGUAGCAAGCUAGCUAGGACUGAAGAAUACCUGGUAAUAGGCAGAGUAAACAUGUCGAAUAAUGGUCAUGGUGAAGACCAACUUGAUCCAAUCAAGCUUGUUGAAUUGAGCCAGCGAGCUCUAGCUGCUUCUGCCCAUGGCAUUGAUUUUGAUGAACUCACUGAUGCUUAUUUCCAGAGUGUAGAUGUGGAUGAAUUUUCUGAUGCUUGUGACCAGGGAGUUGAUGUGGAUGAGCUCGAGCCAUCUAACACUGCCUCCAAUGCCAACAGAGAGCCACCUACCAAGGCAAGUGAAAUAGAAGCACCCGAACAAACCACUUCGUACACCAGUGUAGAGCACGGGGAAAGCGAUGGUGAUGCACUAGCGGAUAUUGGGGCUAGAUCGCGAUCCACGGACGCGACACUGCAGCAAACAGAGCAAACGGAUGAAACAGAAGAAGGAAACGGCAACAUGGAAAUCAGGCCCACAGGAGCGCUAUCACCAAGGCAGACUAUAAUUGCACGCAACGAAAGCAACGGAACCAACUAUGUAAUGAAGGUUGUUGAAGCCAGAGCCUGCAGAGCAGCCACCAUGAAUCUGCAGAGAGUACAGUAUAUCGAUCGCCAAGAUAGCCAAACAAGCAGGUCCAGUGGAAACGAGCUCGAAACCAACUUUGAUUUACUAAAGGGUGUCGAAGCCCCUUUCUGUGACACCCAACAACAAGGCCAGCUAUCUUUCUUUCGUCACAACAUCCAAACGCUGGAACGACGACAACCCGGUGUUAUCAAUCCAACAGUGGGGCAAGUGGUGCAAGCAGUCAACCAGUCAGUUCAUCCCGGAGCCUAUGCUGGAGUACCUGGUUCUGUAACAGUUACUACCGAGCUAGCUCGUCCGGGAGCCUAUGCUGGAGUGCCAGGGGUGGGCGUACGUCGCAACACUGAUUUUCGCUUUUCGAUUCUGGGGCGAGUAAGGUUAUUCGGAAGUGCUUCUCUGACAUCCUUCAAAAGUGAAAGCUUCGAAUUUGCCAAUCCAUCUCAAACAAACAGCAAUAGAUUGUCCAUUGCUGUCCCAGUUGACGAGCCAUCUACAACAACCUUACCGACUGCAGAAAAACUACGAACCGUCAGAGAGUCUGGACAAGACUCGGAUGAAGCAAGAGUCAAAAGACGCAAGGAGAACCUAAAAGCUGCUGUGAAGGGGGUUGUGCCGUGGUUGAUUUCCAUUCUCAUGGUUGUACUCUUGCUCGCUUUCCUCUUGCCAGACAAAGAUCAAAUUGAAGCAACCGAGUCCCCAACAAUGGCUCCAUCAAUGAGCCUGAGCACAACCACAGCUCCGACCUCCAUGGAAUCGUUCCUCCUAUCCCUGCUGCCAGAUCACACCACCAAGGCAUUGGAAGAUACAUCUUCAGUGCAGUACCAAGCUUUUCAAUGGCUUCUAGAGGAUCCCUUUGUCUUCGGAUACCCAAAGCAGCGCAUACUGCAAAGGCAUGCUCUGAUGACUGUCUUCUAUUCCACUGCAGGCCCAACUCAAUGGUUCAACAAGACAGGUUGGGGAAGCUACCAUCUGCAUGAAUGUACAUGGUUCCAAAAUCAAGAAUUUGCUCUCAAGUCAUUCCUAGGAAAGCUAUACCCAAGCUUCCUAUCAGGCUUCUUGGAGCCUCUACCUGACAGCCAAUGUGACAAGCAUGGGCUCUAUCAGCACUUGUGGCUAGAUCAGAACAAUCUUGUGGGUUCACUGCCCAAGGAACUUUACAGCUUGACCUCACUUGAAACUCUUUCUGCUGGUCUGAAUCCUCUUGUUGGCUCAAUAUCGAGCUACAUUGGACAGCUUCAGCAGUUGCGGGGGCUUGCCAUUUUCUCGACUGGGCUGUCUGGAUCCAUACCAAAGGAAAUGGGCAGCAUAUCAUCAUUUGAAGUCAUUGGGCUGAAUGACAACAAGCUGGAAGGGUCCAUUCCGGAUGAACUUUGGCAACUAAGCAAUCUGGACAGCCUUGUGCUUGGCCGUAAUGAGAAGUUACGAGGUACUAUUCCAUCAAGUGUUGGUGCUUUCCCAAAGUUGAGGUGGCUGGUAUUGGAUGACUGUGAUCUCUCUGGGACCAUUCCUACAGAGCUUGGUCAGGCUAGAUCAUUAGAAUGGCUGAUUUUGUUGGGGAACCACCUUACCGGUAUGCUCCCAAGCGAGCUUGGAUCCCUAUCAAAUCUCUGGAUCCUUUCUUUGACUGGCAAUCUUCUCCAGGGAACUCUGCCUAGUGAACUUGGUCUGCUUGCUUCGGCUGCCAUUUUGAAACUGGACCACAAUUCUUUCACUGGCACACUCCCCUCUGUGCUGGGUUUGCUGCGACUUCUUCGUCUAGGCCUUGAAUCAAACCAGCUUUCUGGUGCCAUUCCCAGUGAGCUCUCUGGCCUAACCCAGCUGGAAUAUCUCACUCUGGAAGCUAACCGCUUGACCGGUCGUAUCCCUUCGGAGUUUGGGCUUUUGACAUCCCUGGGUAGGCUUACCAUGGAAAACAAUCUCCUCCGUGGAACUGUUCCAUCUGAACUGGCUUCCUUGCAGGAAUCACUGUACAGUUUCCGGAUUGAGGGCAACAGCUUGCUCUCUGGUGUUAUUCCAGAACCUCUUUGUGCUGUCAAUGGCAGAUGCAUCAGCAAUGGGUUGGAAUCUUGUGAGGGGUCUUCUGGAUCAUCUUUUGACUGCACCGAGUUGUUGUGUGGGUGUGACUGUGCUUGUUGAUGGGUACCCGUGCCCUUGGUUGGAUGUUGGAUAACUAAGGGGAAGGGAUUUCUCAUUUUUGUAGACCGAGACUCGAUCACUUGCAUUUAAGAAAAUAGGGAAUCUUCGUUGCAUACG